AUGGCACAUCACCCAAUUGUUUCUAUUACUCGCCGUGAAACAUUUAGUUCCUGCCACAGACUUCACAGUCCAUUUUUGACUGAUGAGGAAAAUAAGAAAUUGUAUGGAAAAUGCAAUAAUCCAAAUGGUCAUGGACACAAUUAUGUUGUAUUGGUGACUGUAAAAGGACCGGUCGACCAGAACACAGGCAUGGUGAUGAAUGUUCACGAUCUGAAGCAUUACAUGCAUCAAGCAAUAAUGGACCCGUUAGAUCAUAAGAAUUUGGAUCAAGAUGUACCUUACUUCAAAACUGUGGUGAGUACAACUGAAAAUCUGGCUAUAUACAUAUGGGAUCAGUUACAAAAAGUCAUGGAGAAGCCGAAUUUGCUGCAUGAAGUGAAAAUCUUGGAGACUGAAAAGAAUCAUGUUGUUUACCGAGGAGGUUCCACAUAUCCUAGGAAGAAAAUCAACCCAACCAACUUACAUUCAAACCACCACGAUGUGUCUUCUGACUCGGACUGA